AUACAUACGCGGAAUGGGUGCUGGUAUUUCUAAAUCUCAGUUUCUUGCUGCUGAGUUUAUGAAGGCCAAGUUGCAGGAAGUGAGGAACGAAUUGCGGAAAGUGAGGAAGAAAUCCGAAGCUUUGAAAGCACAGUUGGAUGCUGAAAGACAGAAAAACAACACUGGAGUACAUGGUCAGAUCUGUGAUAGCUCUUAUCAACAGGGUAUUGGGAUCCCUUCGUCCUUUGGUCUUUGCUGUUUGAGGAACUUUAGAAAAAAGGUUGUUGCACUUGCAUAUGUUGAUACUAAUCUACUGAUUGAUGACCACUACGACUGCAUGAUUGAGGAAAUUAUUGAUCCAGCUGCGAUGUUGUGCGAUAGAGAUGAUGAUGAUGUACUUGGGAAUGUUAAAAGAAGUGAGCUUGUUAAGUGGCCUUGGGCCUAUCUGACUAUUGUAGGAGAUCCAUCAAGUUAGAAUGGUAGUGAGAGUAGAUUGAUUAGUUUUUUAAUUUUCAGG